CUCUGGGGGCCCCGCCCCCUUUGGCCCGGCGUCCUUACCGCGCCUGCGCGCUCCCGCCCGGUCUCCAUCUUGGAAUUGGGAGGAAGAGGGAGAGGGAGACCGGGACGAGGUCUGGGCUGUGGUGCGGAGAGAGGCUGAGACCGAGAAGAGGCGAGGGAGAGAGGGUGCGGGACCGUCAGCAGCGCCUUGGCUACGGUCUUCCAGCUAUCCUCGGGAGAGAGAAGGGGCAGGAGAGGAGGCUGGGGCGGGAACGAGGGCUGUCACCCUCGGACCCCGGCGUGAGAGGGGCCGUGCGGCCGGACGUCCUCGGGGUGGGCCCCCCUCUCGGUGGCCGAAGACCUGGGGCCGAGGCCCCUGGGCCCCAGAUUUCCGGGCUUAGCCCCUCGCUUCUCAGAUACCCAGGUAUCAACCCUCAUAUUCCAGGUCUCUGGGACUCCGGUCCCAGCCUCUCUAAACCUGGGUCUGUGUUUGAUAGAAUUUCAAGUAUCUGGGAUUCAGGCCCCUGCGUGCAUCACUGUCCGGGGUUCACUCCCCAGGCGUUCAGAUUCCGGAUUCGGUUUGCCCCUGUUCAGAUACACGGGGCUCAGACCCCACCAUCGGAAAUCCGGGAUUCAGCAACUGUCGCCCUCGCGGAGGGGGAGGACUGGACCGCGAGGUCAGAUCGGGUUGUCACCCCCUCCCCUCCAGGGGAGGCUUCCCGGGCCCGCCCCUCAGGAAGGGCGACCGCCGAGGCAGAGGUGGCAAGGGGAAAGGCCUCCUUGCCCCUCACCCUGCUUGGCAGUGCCGCUGGAGGAGCCCGGGCGGAAGCGGAGGCGCUGGGGCACCACAGUGACCCCUACCAGGCCAGGCCCUACUCUCAGGGCCCCCAGGGGCCACCAUGCCAGCUGGGGGCCGGGCCGGGAGCCUGAAGGACCCCGAUGUGGCCGAACUCUUCUUCAAGGAUGACCCCGAAAAGCUCUUUUCCGACCUCCGGGAAAUUGGCCACGGCAGCUUUGGAGCCGUGUACUUCGCCCGGGAUGUCCGGAACAGCGAGGUGGUGGCCAUCAAGAAGAUGUCAUACAGCGGGAAGCAAUCGAAUGAGAAGUGGCAGGACAUCAUCAAGGAGGUGCGCUUCUUACAGAAGCUCCGGCAUCCCAAUACCAUUCAGUACCGGGGCUGUUACCUGAGGGAGCACACGGCGUGGCUGGUGAUGGAGUACUGCCUGGGUUCAGCUUCUGACCUUCUAGAAGUGCAUAAGAAGCCCCUUCAGGAGGUGGAGAUCGCAGCGGUGACCCACGGGGCGCUGCAGGGCCUGGCGUAUCUGCACUCCCACAACAUGAUCCAUAGGGACGUGAAGGCUGGGAACAUCCUGUUGUCGGAGCCAGGCUUGGUGAAGCUGGGGGACUUCGGCUCCGCGUCCAUCAUGGCACCUGCCAACUCCUUCGUGGGCACCCCAUACUGGAUGGCUCCAGAGGUGAUCUUGGCCAUGGAUGAGGGGCAGUAUGACGGCAAAGUGGACGUCUGGUCUCUGGGGAUAACCUGCAUCGAACUGGCGGAACGAAAACCACCGCUGUUCAACAUGAAUGCGAUGAGUGCCUUAUACCACAUUGCACAGAACGAGUCCCCCGUGCUCCAGUCAGGACACUGGUCUGAGUACUUCCGGAAUUUUGUCGACUCCUGUCUUCAGAAAAUCCCUCAAGACAGACCAACCUCAGAGGUGCUUCUGAAGCACCGCUUCGUGCUCCGGGAGCGGCCACCCACAGUCAUCAUGGACCUGAUCCAGAGAACCAAGGAUGCCGUGCGGGAGCUGGACAACCUGCAGUACCGCAAGAUGAAGAAGAUCCUCUUCCAGGAGGCCCCGAAUGGCCCUGGCGCCGAGGCCCCCGAGGAAGAGGAGCCCACGCCCUGUUCGCAGGAGACGGAGCCCUACAUGCACCGGGCUGGGACGCUGACCAGUCUGGAGAGUAGCCACUCGGUGCCCAGCAUGUCCAUCAGCGCCUCCAGCCAGAGCAGCUCGGUCAACAGCCUGGCAGACGCCUCGGACAAUGAGGAGGAGGAGGAAGAGGAGGAGGAGGAAGAGGAGGAAGAGGAAGGCCCUGAAGCCCAAGAGAUGGCCAUGAUGCAGGAGGGGGAGCAUACAGUCACCUCGCACAGCUCCAUCAUCCACCGGCUGCCGGGCUCUGACAACCUGUAUGAUGAUCCCUACCAGCCAGAGAUGACUCCAAGCCCUCUCCAGCCACCUGCAGCCCCAGCUCCCGCCUCCACCACCUCUUCUGCCCGCCGCCGGGCCUACUGCCGCAACCGGGACCACUUUGCCACCAUCCGCACUGCCUCCUUGGUCAGUCGGCAGAUCCAGGAGCACGAGCAGGACUCCGCCCUGCGGGAGCAGCUGAGCGGCUACAAGCGGAUGCGGCGACAGCACCAGAAGCAGCUGCUGGCCCUGGAGUCGCGGCUGCGGGGCGAACGCGAGGAGCACAGCGCACGCCUGCAGCGGGAGCUCGAGGCCCAGCGGGCCGGCUUUGGGGCCGAGGCGGAGAAGCUGGCGCGGCGGCACCAGGCCAUCGGGGAGAAGGAGGCGCGAGCCGCGCAGGCCGAGGAGCGCAAGUUCCAGCAGCACAUCCUGGGGCAGCAGAAGAAGGAGCUGGCCGCGCUGCUCGAGGCACAGAAGCGCACCUACAAGCUUCGCAAGGAGCAGCUGAAGGAGGAGCUCCAGGAGAACCCCAGCACCCCGAAGCGGGAGAAGGCCGAGUGGCUGCUGCGGCAGAAGGAGCAGCUCCAGCAGUGCCAGGCGGAGGAGGAGGCGGGCCUGCUGCGGCGGCAGCGCCAGUACUUUGAGCUGCAGUGCCGGCAGUACAAGCGCAAGAUGCUGCUGGCUCGGCACAGCCUGGACCAGGACCUGCUGCGCGAGGACUUGAACAAGAAGCAGACACAGAAGGACUUGGAGUGUGCGUUGCUGCUGCGGCAGCAUGAGGCCACGCGGGAGCUGGAGCUCCGGCAGCUGCAGGCCGUGCAGCGCACACGGGCCGAGCUCACCCGCCUGCAGCACCAGACAGAGCUAGGCAACCAGCUGGAGUACAACAAGCGGCGUGAGCAAGAGUUGCGGCAGAAGCAUGCGGCCCAGGUUCGCCAGCAGCCCAAGAGCCUCAAAGUACGUGCAGGCCAGCGCCCCCCGGGCCUCCCGCUCCCCACUCCUGGGGCUCUGGGACCACCCAGCACAGGCACCCCUAGCGAAGAGCAGCCCUGCUCAGCUGGCCAGGAGGCAGUCCUGGACCAAAGGAUGCUGGGAGAGGAGGAGGAAGCAGUUCCAGAGAGAAGGAUUCUGGGAAAGGAAGGGAGCACCUUGGAGCCAGAGGAGCAGAGGAUUUUGGGAGAGGAAUCAGGAACCUCUAUUCCCAGUCCACAAAACCAUGGGGGUCCUGUUGAUGAGGAAGUUUGGGAUCCGCCUGAGGAGGAGCUGAAGGGGCUUAGAGUCCCAUCCUUGUCACCCCAGGAGAGGAGCAUUGUUGGCCAGGAGGAAGCCGGGGCAUGGAGGGUGUGGGAGAAGGAGGACGGGGCUCUUCUCCAUGAGCAGUUUGAGCUUGGCUGGGUCCAGGGCCCAGCACUGACUCCCGUCCCUGAGGAAGAGGAGGAAGAGGAUGACGACAGGGCGCCGAUUGGUACCCCUAGGGACCCUGGGGAUGGCUGUCCCUCCCCAGACAUCCCCCCUGAGCCCCCUCCGCCACACCCGAGGCCCGGCCCUGCCAGCCAGCUCCCUGGACUCCUGUCCCACGGUCUCCUGGCCGGCCUCUCCUUUGCAGUGGGGUCAUCCUCUGGCCUCCUGCCCCUACUACUAUUGCUGCUGCUCCCACUGCUGGCGGCCCAGGGUGGGGGUGGCCUGCAGGCAGCACUGCUGGCCCUGGAGGUAGGGCUGGUGGGCCUGGGGGCCUCCUACCUGCUCCUUUGUACAGCUCUGCACCUGCCCCCCAGUUUGUUCCUGCUCCUGGCCCAGGGCACUGCCCUGGGGGUUGUCCUGGGCCUGAGCUGGCGCCGAGGCCUUAUGGGUGUCCCUCUGGGUCUGGGGGCUGCCUGGCUGCUAGCUUGGCCAGGCCUGGCUCUACCUCUGGUGGCCGUGGCAGCUGGGGGCAAAUGGGUGCAGCAGCAGGGCCCCCGGGUGCGCCGGGGCAUCUCUCGACUGUGGUUGAGGGUUCUGCUGCGCCUGUCACCCGUAGUCUUCCGGGCCCUGCAGGGCUGUGGGGCCGUGGGGGACCGGGGCCUGUUUACACUCUACCCCAAGACCAAUAAGGACGGCUUCCGCAGCCGCCUGCCUGUCCCUGGGCCCCGGCGAGCUCAUCCCCGCUCUGCUCAGCACCCACUAGCCCUGCUGGCAAAGGUUUGGGCCCUGUGCAAGGGCUGGAACUGGCGUCUGGCACGGGCCAGCCAGGGUUUAGCCUCCUGCCUGCCUCCCUGGGCUAUCCAUACACUGGCCAGCUGGGGCCUGCUGCGGAGCGAACGGCCUAGCCGGAUCCCCCGGCUGCUACCACGCAGCCAGCGACGACUGGGGCCCCCUACCUCCCGCCAGCCACCGCCAGGGAGUCUAACUGGGCGGAGACCCAGAGCCCGCCAUACGCGGGCCCUGCCUCCUUGGAGGUAACCAGCUCUAGCCCAAAUCUAGAGCGAAGAGCACUUUAUCUGCCAGGACUCAGUGAGGCUGUGCAGCCCCCAGUCCCCUCCCCCCUGCAGCCCCCUCCUCAGUGUGCUUCCCGCCGCAGGCCCAGCCUCCCCGGGGAGCCCAGAGGUUGCACUCUGUGUUCUGACGCCCUCCCCUAAGUUAUUGCUGUCCUCCCGCUGUGUGUGUGCUCAUCCUCACCCUCAUCGACUUGGACCUGGGGCCAGGGGGUGCUGGGAGCGGGGAAGAGUCAUGGUUUUUUUUUUUUUCUCCUCUUUGAUUUUGUUUUUCUGUCUCCCUUCCAACCUGUCCCCUUCCCCCCACCAAAAAAAAAAAAAAAAGACAAACACAAAUAAAAUAUCUGAGCGGAACUGUACCUUUGGCCCAGGCUGCCUCUGUCUGCUUUGUCCUGCCGCCUAGCCUCCCCGGUAUGCCCCCAGUCUGGACCCUCGGCCCCAGCUCCAUGGCCUCUUCACCCCAUCUCCGUUAUCUCGGCCCCUUUCACUCCUCAGCCUCAUCCUCUGCCUUCAUAGCUCAUCACCACCGUGACCACCGCCAGUCCCGGGGCUGGGCCCGGUGAGCUUCCACAGAGCCUGGUCCCACAGUUGCCCUGUGGUGGCUUCCUGCCAGACAGCUUCUAGGUUCCAGGUCCUUCGACCUCCUUACCCACUCCCUGCCUUCUCUCCUGACCCACGCACUACACGGCUCCCUUGUUGGGGAGCGGAGUUUGUCUCUUGCACCAGGCAGUACCCUAGAGGCUUGGGGGAUGGGACUUGAAGCCGUCCGCAGCAGGGCUGGCGAGCUCGGGGGCCAGGCAGAGAGUGUGGGCCUGCUACCGGGGUUGGUGUGGGCUUGGAGCGGGAGCCAACAGCGGAGGGGCCGCACUGGGAUGCGGAUCUGGUCAGGGUGGCCGCUGCGGGCCUGUCGAACUUGUCAGGCCCUCUCUGGCCGCCUCCUUUGCCCUGUUCCCUCUGUGGCCUGAAACAGGGCAGCCCCUUCUUAUCCACCUCUCAGCUCGGUGCUUCUCCCUCCCUGCCUUCCUCCCUGGGUGCUGGACCUGGGACUUCCUCUGUCUGUCUCCAGUUGCGUCGCUUUCUGCCCUGGGUGUGUGUGCGUGUGACUCCGUCCCGUGCACCUUCUUGUGUUUGCUCACAUGCUUCUGUCUCGAGCUGCUGUUCUCCCUCUGCAUGGUGCACGCUGCUUCUGUGCACUCGGUGCCCUCCAGAGCCUCAGUUUCCCGUCUGUGAACUCUGACCUUCCUGCUCGUGGCAUUCCACCCAACUCCAGACGCGCUCUCGGGACCUGUCUUGUGUUCUCUGCAUCUCUUGCCCAUUGAGACCCUGCUGAUCCUCUCAACACAGUCCCGUCUUGUGUCUGUCUGUAUACAGCUCCCCCCGCCCCCUCUGUCUAACAUGUUUUCUGUUUCUCUCCCUCUCCCUGUCUCUGCUCUGUCUCCUCUCCUCCUCUCUCUCUUCUCCCCUCUUCCCCUGGUUGUUCCUCCUCCUCUCCCCUGCCCCGUCUCCCCUUGAUCCAUUCCACUGCGUAGUCUAAGGAGCUGCAGAUCAAGAAGCAGUUCCAGGAGACAUGCAAGAUCCAGACACGGCAGUACAAGGCCCUGCGGGCGCACCUGCUGGAGAC